UCGAGGUCAUGGCACGCCACCACCGCUAGGUAGGCGGCUGGUUAUGUCUGUCUGUCUGUCUGUCUGUUUCUCUGGCCAGGCGAUGAAGACGGCUGUUUGCUUGGCGGUCCGAUUAACGAUGACGCCCGUAGGUAGGAGAUGCGCCUGUCCCGCUGUCCCGUGCCCUGCUUGCUCUGUAGAGCUAUGGUUAUGGCGAGCCCGGUAGCCGAGGAGGAAGACGAUGGCAUUCUAGCUAAGUUGUUGUUGGUUCGUACAGUUCGUCCCAGGCAGGGGGAACAGCAGGAGGAGGGUGAGGCGGCGGCGGCGGAGGCGGAGGGGAGAGGAAGUGGGUUGCUGAAGUAUGGUGGCCUGAAAGUAGGAGGUGUUGGAGAAGGAGGUCGGCUGGCGGUGCGAAAGACUGGCUGUUUUCUGGGUAUAAGUGAAGAGACGCCAGCGCAUAUGUCGAUGACGACGGCGAUGUUGGCAAGGAGGGAGCGCGAGUCGGAGGGGUUGAUGAGUAGGGAGGAAAGGGAGGAAGAGGAGAAAGUCCUGCAGCAGAUUGCGUUGCUACUGCCUGCAAGUUUUCGGCUCCGUGAGGAGGAGGAGGAGGAGGUGGGCAGUGGUAGGAGAGCAGCCGUCCAACAGCCUCAGAGAUGGGAAAGUCGGGAUAGCGAGAACGGAUGGAGAGAGGUGGAAAGACGCCCGCAGCGGGGCGGAGAAGAACGCAAGACAUACCGUCUAGAGCACUGGCAACUGAGAGAAGUCAGCGCUGCUGAACAUAAUGGGACGACAGCGGUGGAAUCGCAGCGGGAUGAAGACGAAAAGGAGUUUGGGGGGGGGGGUAAACAAGUCGCCGAAGGGGGGCAGAAUCCCGGAGGCACAGCUGGUUCUGCUGCUGCUGAUAAAACCCAGGGAUGGCAGUCAACCACACGAAAGGCAAACCCAGCAAACGCCGCCGAUUAUCUUGUUGGUCCUCCUCAUCGUGCGCCGGGGGGACAGGGACAGGGAGCUCGGUUGCUGCGGCCAUCCUCCAGCUGUCCCUCCCCUUCAGGCGCCGCCUCGUCCCAGUCGUCAAUGGUCGAAGUUUCGUCAUCAAACGGCUCGUCCGCAGUAGUUUCCGCCGCGUCCGGCCCUCCUGCUUCUUCUACAGGCUCUUCUUGCUCGUUCUCUUCCUCUUCCUCCUCUUCCGGCUCGUCUUCAUCAUCCAUGGUGUCGUCUACCACCUGUCCCUCCUCUUCGUCUUCGCAUAUGGCGCCGAUGGUGUCCUCGUCGGUAGUGGAAUCGGCGUCCUCGAGUCCUUCCUUGAAAUCCACCACACCGGUGCGGAGAGGUCCUUUCAUGGUAGGUCGGCUCCUGUCGCGGCUAAUCCAGCCACGUGGCUCCCGCUCGUUGUCGAAACAACGGAUCUCGUCGAAUCCGCCGCCGCGCCGUCCAGCGAAGCAAGCCGAAGGGAAGCUGGGAGUGGAGCGGGGUAAUAAUGCUGUCGAGGGUGUUGGUGGGUUUGGAGGGGUUGGCGGGAAGGAGAAUUUGAUGAGCUCGGAAGUUGCCGAUGGCGGCGGGAUGGUAGAUGCCGAUGCGUCAUGUCGUGCCGCCGGGGACCCGGGUCUGAACCCGGACAAGGAAAGGAAAGGUUUGACCGUCACCGGUGCGAACGGUGGCGUAGCUGUCAGAGACGAUCUCGCUGCCGUUGGAGCCGCAGCGGAUCUUCGUUUCACUAGUACUACCGAUGAUGAUCGGCAUGGUAAGAAUGACAGUAGGAGGCCGUUGGCGGCAACAAGUAUUAGAGCAAGUGGCACGUCAGAGUCAGCGUGGCAUGAAGCGGCAGUUCCUCGUGAACUGUCUCGCGACAGCCGCCACGGUGAUGGGGAGUUCGAACACGAGUGGGAAAGUUGUGCUGCACAUUGGAGCGCAUCUGACAAGGACGCUGAUGACCGCAGGAGCUCGCCACAGUGGAUUCGUCGACGUGCUACCGAAGAUGCUGCCCGGGGAGGAGGCGGCGAAUGGGAAAGAGGAGGAGGUGCAGGCGGUGGGGGUGGUGGUGGUCAUGAGCUCAGGGAGAAGCAGCUUGAACGCAUCUCGUCAACGUCCUCCUUCUCUCAACCACUGCGCCCGAGGUCUGACCCUCGUAUCGCUCCCUCGUUGGUCUCGGAUGAUGGGGAUCGGGACACGGAAUCAUUAGUGUCUGAGUUAGCAAUGGACUUGGACGAUGACGGGGCGCUUUCCCGACGCGGCCACGUGCCUUCUGUGACGCCGUUUUCCCCUGACGUGCUCAGUCCUAGUGGUGCUGUUGCCACGUUGUCGUCGCCGUCGCCGCCGACGACUCAGCAUGCUGCUGCGAGAAUGGGAAAGCAGUGCUCGCUGUCCUCUUCUCCCUAUUCCGCUCUGUCCUUGGAUGAGAAUGCCCAGCAGCUCCCUGGAGCUUCUUUGGGGGUCGCUACUCCCAGCGAUGGCGUGGAAGUAACAGGCGGCGGCGGCGGCGGCGCGAUUUCCUCCCCCUCUCAUUCCGUCUCUUCGGCUGUCCCUUCGAUCGUCGUGUCCGACAUCGACUCCCUAGCCACGCAGACCUCGGUGCCCGCGCGUGCUCCUCGCAGCAACUCCAACUCAUCAUCGAGAGUCGGAAAAGGGGUAACAGAGGCAAGCAACGACUCGACCGUGCAGGCUUCGUCCCGGUCUUCAAACGAUGAUGGAUCUUCAAAUCUUGCAGUAGUGAAGGGGAACAUGACAACCACCACGACAGUACGCGCACCAUCGGGUGCAGCUAAGGCGGCGGCGGCAAUCUCCGGUCCGAGCAGUUAUGUCAUCUCCAGCCCGCGCGAGAUGAUGAAGACCGACCAUGAACUGAACGAGGCAGUGAUGAACGGUCAUGAUGAUCUUACUGACGGCCAGGCUGCGGCGCGAUCGACGAGGACGAAUAGCCGGCACGCCGAAGCGCCGGAUGGCGUCGGCAAGGCAACGCCGACGCAUUUUAUGUCUAUGUCGCUGUCUCCUGCGGGGGCUUUUGCUGACACACAUGCGCGGGCGGGUCGUGGUGCUGGUGGGAGUUCACAGGCCGCUGGACGCUUGGCAUCCGAUGAUCGCCGGUCGGCGACAUCAUCGCCCUCGGGGGCGACGAUGGUCUCAGACUUGGUGACUACCAUCGAUGCCCAAUGGUGGGGGGAUUCGGAGACGAGGGCGUCCGUGCGGUCGUCAGAGACGGGGACCGAGAGGGGCCGCGAAGGCAGUCGAGAUGGUGUUGGGGAAGCUGGACCGACCGGUAGUCCGCUCGAAGCCAAUGGAAAUGGCAGACCUUUGUCGUAUUCCCAGGCGUCAUCCGGAAUGGCGGGAAGAAGUCGAACGCCGGAGUUGGUAGCUAUCGGGACUGCCACAGGAGGCAGCAAGCGUGCAGAGGACUGUGGUCGGUGGAAACAGGGACGGAGAGAAAGCGGGAAGCGUCCGAUCCCCACGGCGGCGAAGGGUAGCUUCGACGGGCUUGGAGUGGGAGGACGGGAGAAGCAGCAGCGGCAGCAGCAGCAGCAGGAGGAGGAGUUUGGGGAGGAGUUGGAUGUGCAAUCGAGAGGAGGAGGUUCGCGAUCGAGUGGCAUAUUAGCAGUGGCAUCAAGGCGUGGAGGCCUUGAGAGCAGCGAGUUGUUGGCCUCUUCGUCGCUGUUGAUGUCGCCAACUCAAUCCUCAGCUGUGUCCUUAUUGACGCCUUUGGUGACGCGUAGGCUAGGAGGCAGUUCUGCCUCCAACGGAGUCGAUGACGAGUUCACUGGGAUUAACAUCGUGUCGUCGAAUGUGGUGGGCUCUAUGAGGAACGAAGAAGAGGAGGAAGGUGAAGAAGAGGAAGACGAGGGAGCAGAACACGAGAUGGAUCGAGGGAGAGAGAAGAUGGCAGCGAGUGUCGAGAGCGGAGGCUGCGAAGAGGUGCCUUUCUUACUCCUUCGGGGUUGGCGCAGUCGCCCAGGAAGGUCGAGGUCUCUUGGCUGGAAUGAGAGGACUAAGCGCGCGGAAAGUUCUGUCUUUGUUGGCCACAGCAUUUCGCGUAAGGAAGAGGAGCCCACAGGGAGGAAGCCGGAAGAAGGAGAGGUGGUGAGGGUCAGAAGUAGCAGGAGCCGUCACUUGCACUCCGCGGGUGCAAGUCGUGGCAGAAGGUCAUCGUCUCUAGGAGGAGACGAUAGGCGGACGUCGGCGCCGUCCCAUCUGCUGACAAUGACAGGGGUUGUCCCGCGGAGUGCGGUCUUCUUGGUCCCGCAGGAGGACCUAGCAGACAGCAUCCCCGCUUCUGGUGGUUUCGUGGAGUCAGACUUGAAGAAGCUGCGGAGGCGCAGUGCAAGCGACAUUCAAUGCGACUUCUUGGGAGGAGAGGAACGGCUUUCGUCGUCAUUACCGUCAAUGACAUCGAGGCCGUUGAUUACCGAAGUCGAUCGCCAGGAAACGAAGUCAGAACAUCCAAGUAUGCUUGGUUUCUGGGCGAAACCGCGAUGGAUGUCGGAGAGAGGUGCAGCACACGAAGGAAGGGGAAAACAGGUGGGAAGGUCGGGUCACAAGAGCAGCGACAAGGAGUCGAUCAACGGACCCCCCAAACUAGAUACUGAUUUAGUAGAUGGACCCACUAUUAUUAGCACUACUGGGGCCGAAUUUGGUGGUGGUGGUGGUAGUAGAAAACACGCCGCCGAGGAGGGCAAAAGGCAGGAGGGAGGAAAGACGGUAUCUUCGACCUUCUCGGACUCCUCUCGGCCCCGCUUGACGGAGAUCAAGCUGACUAAUAAGGUGCUCGAUGCGUCGUCGUUGAUUACCCCUGUAGCGACAAGGAAGUUAAAUAAGGGGGGUGAUGCGGCGGCGCCGGCCGUUGGAUCAGAAGAACCUGAUCGUGAGGGAGGGGGAUCGUCGGCAAUGAUCAGGAGCGUGGGGACGGAGAAGUCGGGCACUGCGUCGCCUUCCAAAAGCACGGAGAUUAUCGAUUGCGGCGGCCACGUGUUUGGUGGUAGAAAGCGGCCAUCCUCCGGCGAUUCGGGCCAUGAUGUGCAGGGAUUACCGUCUUGGUCGAAACGUCAGGAUCGCAAUACCGGGGAUGAUGAUAACCAUAGUUUGCGGGAAAUGGAGAAGCAGGCAGGAAAGGAGGAGGAGGAGGAGGAGGAGGAGGAGGAGGAGGAAGAGGAAGAGGCUGCGGGUAAAGGCAAUUGGAGACGCAAGCAGAAUGGGAGGUUAGUUAUUACGGAAGUGAAAGGUAAAGAGGAGACAAAGAAGGGUCGCGGUGAAAAAAUGAGCCAACAGCAACCACAAUGGAGGAGGAACGGAUUGACUCCAUCGUUUUAUGUAGGAGGAGGAAUCGAUGGAUCCAUGGUCAGGAAGAGGGAGGUUGAGAUGGCGGCGCCCAGCGAGGAACAACAACAAGAACAACAUCAGCAUCAGCAUCAGCAACAGCAACAAACAAAGCUCAAGGGGCGAGGAAGGACUGGAUUGCUCUACGGUGGAGGACUAAAGGAGGGGCUGAUGCAGGGUGGUGGCGGCGCCUUGCAAAAUGUUGGGUCUUCUGUUGGGUGCCGGGAAAAGGUACAGUUUUCGGCCCCAGGUCCCGGUGGCCCUACUAAUGCAGCUGUCAUCCGGCGGUCGUGGGAUGAAUCCCAAGUUGCGGGUGGCCCUACGAUAACUCCGCCGCAAGGGGAGGGAAGAGGGCAGCGGGGACAGGUAACUGCAGCAGGUGUCGACGCGUCGUUCUACGAUCCACCUGAGUCGACGAUUCCCAAGUCGGGCGAGUUGGAAGCGGUGGCUGACACACGAGCUGGCAAGUCAUCCUCGACUGCACUAGGCAACUCACUGGUUCGGCUUAGUGCCACGGGCGCAGGGGUGAGCUCAGCAGCAGGAGGAGUAUCUUCCGCUGAAGAUCACGUGGAGGCUCAUGAUGGAGUUGAGGAUGGUUGUACGACUCUCCGGAAGCCAUUCGAUAGCGAGGGGAUGUCGUCAUCAUCAGGCAGAUUAGGAGGAGGAGUAAAUGCGGGAAGGGGGACCCCGCAGGUGCUUUCCGCGUCAGGCCCAGCCGAAUUGGUAUCUCAGAAUGCCGUUCCAGGCGGGGGAAAGGCGAGGGAGGGAGAAGAUGAUGGAACGUCUGUUCGCGGCAAUGCAAGGAUGGUGUCAAUUCAAGGAUCCGUCGGUCGCGCUGAUGAAGAGGAGCUGGCAUCAAAGCUGCUGGCCGCUGUGGAGAGACUCGUUGGAGGAAGUGAUGAAGAAGAGCGGGAGCGCACAGAGUCCGAUGGCGGUAUGAAAGGUAGGAAUUUCUCAGGGGCGUCCGCGAGUGCGAGCGCGAGCGCGUCUCCCUCUCCCAGUCGAUCGUUUCUUAUGAAAUCGGGAGCUUUAUAUGAGAUCAAAGAGGUGGAAGGGGAAGGCGCGGAUGAGGACUCCGCCGUGCUGAAAGAUGGAAGUAGAGAAGGUAGGCGCUUGCAAUCAAGGACGGCAAGAAGAGAGCGACGGAAGAGGUCGGGUCGGGCUCCUCCUCCUCCUCCUCCUCCUCCUCUUGCUGGCAAUACUGGAGCGCAACUCUUAGAUCGUGAAGUCGAGAGCUUGGGAAUGGCUGGGGUUGAUGUAGGUGGAGGGCCCGGAAUUGCGACGAACUGGGGCGACGGGAUUGGCUCAAAAGCACUGGUAAAUGAUUGCAACGGGGAAGAGGAGAGCGUGAUCAUAGAGAGGCAGUGGGAAGGAGGAGGAGGAGGAGGAGGAGGAGGAGGAGGUUCUGUAGAAGCGGGGAAUAAAGCAGCGGCUUUUGACGAUGGCGAAGAGCACCCGUUUGACGGCAAUCGGGGAGGGGAAGAUCCAUGGAUAGACGGUGAAGAAGUCAUUGAGAAGACGAAGGACAUCGGGGUAUUUGAAGAUCUCUCUCACGAUGACUGGGUGUCGGAGAAGACCACGGAAUUGCGGGAGCGGGCGGACAAAACGACAGAGCUCCGUCCUGGAAGUGGGGCAUUGUCGUCGAGGCAUGGAAACAGGCAGAAGAUCGACCGAAGUCUGGUUCCAGAUGAGUUGCCGCCUAUUCCCCCUGGCAAGCGGCGCAGUCGCAGGUCCGCGCACUCUCGAAAUAAAGCGGCAUCUAGAUCCAGCGGGUUCAACAACCUUGAGGGGCAGUACGUACCGUCCACGGACUCGUCACUAAGUCCGUCGGGCGGUUUGCCACCGGAGAGGAAGGCAAAGAAGAAGAGCAGCGGGCGGGGAACAGGGAGAGCCAAGGCGUCUGAUGCGUCGUCGAGGAGUGCGAGCAGGAGAAAGGCUGCGGCAGUGACGACGCCGAGGCCGGCAGCUGUAGACGGUGAGCAGCAGGAGCAGCAGGAGCAGCAGGAGCAGCAGCAGCAGCAGGAGCAGAGAGGGGUGUCUACGGGCGAGGGUGCAGAUGCACGGCGGUAUUUGCGAGCUCAGAAGCAGCAGAGGUUGUUGAAGAACAACAAGUCGGUGUUCUCGAAGCUGAGCAAGGCGCUUGCUUGGCUAGGAAAGUGGAGCAAGGCGGGAGAGGGGGAGGGGGAGGUUUUAGGAUUGAAAAGAGAGACGGUCACUGGGGAAGUGACAGAACAAGGGGGGUUGGAGGAGGAUGGAAGUAACGGGUUGGGGGCGGAGAUGGCGGGGGAAGGAGGCGGAGAGGGAGUGGGCAACGCGCAGGCGAACGAGAGUGUGGGGAAACGCGGAAAGAAAUCGGGGCGGAUCGACGACAGCUUUAUCAGUGUCAGCGGCAGCAUAGGCCAUAGUGGACUGAUCGCCAACAGCGGGUUCGUGGCAGAGAGCGGGCUGGUGAUCGGGCAUUUGCAGAGCUCAUCGGUUGUGGAGCCGUCGCCUGUGGUCAGACUGAAGAGAACGGCAAGUUAUCAACAGAGUCCGACGCGCAGCACUCCGGUGAGACUAAAGAGUCCCGCUGUGGUGGCGCCAUCGUCGAAGUCGAUGGGUAGUCCCCAGGGGAGCUCGCUUCCGGGAACACCAGGAAGGACGCGGAGCGAGAGGAGAGGAGGAGGCUCUUCCCGGUCAGGCUUCCACGGGGCUCUGGGCGGAGGUAGCCCCGAUGAAGGCUCUGUGAAUUCCGUGAAUCAUCGCCGAUUGAGUGGGAGAGGAGGGUUCUCGAUGACCGAUGCAUCCGAGGUAGUGGAUGACUCGUGGAUAUCGACGGGGGGAAGGCGUUCCGCCUAUAGUGGCGUGAAGGACAUGCACCAUUCUUGGGUAGGACCAAGCACCACCUCCAUGGGCAAGAGCGGGCCGAUGAGCUACAGCGGCCCUAUGAGCGGGCCUAUGAUGAGUUUCAGCGGACCGAUGUACUACAACCCUCCGACCACGAAGCCGAACGGCAGCCGAAGAGCCGUAGGGGGAGUGGGGGAGGAAGAGAAGAAUGCAGGGGGAGUUGGAGAUAGCCUUGCGAAGGUGGCGGCCAGGCGAGCUGCCGCGUCGGGUGUCCCGCCCCUGGUUCCGACCAGUGGUGACUUGACGAACAGGCGGAGGUCCGCCGCAAGGGAGAUGCGGAGGGGCCCCUCAGGCGGCGCAGCCGCCGCGACCCCUCCGCGCCCUCAUGGGCGGAGACAACGCUCUUCGUUGUCCCGAUCUACCUCCGCGGCCGCGGAGGCCAUGGCCGCCUCUCCCAACGACGCCCUGGCCCUCGUACCCGUGCGCAGCAGCCCUACCACUUCCUUGAUAUCCUUGGACUCGGAGGCCUCUGGACCCAUCUAUGCCGGAGUGGGGUACCGGAGGGGGGAGAGGGGUGGACGUGUGCCUGGUCGGGCUGCUCCCGGCUACUCCCCUUCGUCAAGAAGGGCCGGCAAGUCCCGCAUGCGCGUUGUCAGCGGCAUGAGCCCCUCGCAGUCCCCCGUUGUGCACAUGCCGUUGAGUCCUGUCAGUGGACCAAUCAGUUCGACUCCAACACGAGGAAGGCGGCGUCGAGCUCGCGGAGGGAGGGGGGCGACGGACCUGUCUGGAGCAUUGGCGCCCAAGAAGGGCCACCAGGACGAAGAGUAUAAUGAAUAUGACGAUGGCAGCAAGCCGUGGCCUCGGCGCCGUGCCCGGUCACCCGACUCUGUUUUUUCGAGAGAUUUCGGAACCGAGACAGGUUCUAGGGACGUGUCCAAUGCUCCUUUCGCCCGUCCAGGGGCGUCCACGGCUGUGGCCAGCUCAGAGAAAAGUACCAGGGAAGAAGCGAUCGACGCCCGUGGAGGAAGCAGAAAGGCAGGAGGAGCAUUGGAGCAGGAAGAAACCAGGCCCAGACGAGCGGGUGGUAUUCUUGAGCCUGUGCUGCGCAUGCUUCGUGCGAUUGGAGGAGGGAAGAAAAGGAGGCGGUCCGAGGAAACCACGGAGGGAGGGAAGCGGGUCAUAGAUGAUGAUUUUGGGGGAGAGGGGGUCAAGAGGUCGAGGUGCAGAGGAAGGGUGGGUAGAUGGACCUUUCGCGGGGGCCACGAUAAGAAUCCGCUGGCCCUUGGCAAAGUCAGAGAGAGAGGAAUUGCAGAAAUUCGGGCGAAGGGAGGCAAUGUGCCUCCUCCUCCUGUAAGGAAAUGGCGAUCGAGCAACAGGUUGGAUGGCAAGAGCGCCAACAAAAAAGCUCUUGUAGUGUCGGAAGGUAGACAGCUCUCUACCACCUGGAUUCAACGGCCUCCACUCUUGCUCCAGGUGUGCACAGCGUGGGAGGAGCAGCACCUUGACCUGCGCUCUCGGAGCACCAAGUAUAAGCUGUUUGUAGACGAGCUUGAAGGGUUGUCCGACGAGGUCCUUAGGGUCUUUCAUGAAACACCAUCCAUGGGUCCUGCAUCUCUUAGGAGGGAAGCCCGAGAUCUGGAGAAGAGGAAGACAAGAGGUGAGAAGGGAGGGAAAGAAUCGGCCACUGGGUCGGGCAUGGACGUCAUCCGUGAGCAAAGGCGGAGGAUAUUGAGUGCAUUGUCAAGAUUGCCCAGAGAGGAGCGGCAAGAGCUGUAUGCAGAAUGGGGUAUCAGUCGUUGGUCGUUCUUCAAGCUGCAGAAGUUGGUCUACGAGUUGCUCUGGAUGGAUCCUCGUCGGUACGAUGAGAGUGCAGAAUUGGUCCUGCGACUAGAUCAUCAGCUGACGGCUACCACUGUGUAAAGGCGAAUUGCGUCCCUGAAGGGAGAUAUUGGUCUGGAGGGCAGCAGACUGGGUAUGUUCCGAUGGGGUCAUUAGGUGUUGUGGCGGGUCCGUGACAUUCUUCUAUUAGCAAGACGAGAAAUAUCCCGGUGCAAUGCAAGCAGGUUGGUUAGGAAAGUUGGUUGGUGUUUGAUACUUGGAUAUGUACAAUUUCAACCCAAUAAAUCGCAUUGAUUGAUUUUGAUUACGCUGCUGGUGGAUGAGGAGAUUAAUGUCCCUGAAAAAAACAAAAGACAGGCUGGUAUUGGCGUGCUGCCUGCGUGUAAAGUAGAAUGAGCGAACGAUUUGCAGGCCUUGUGUGAGCUUAUCCUAAAAGGAUAAACAACAAGGAAGGUUCCCUCUCCUCCCAGGCAGAAGGCUUGAGAAGGAACCACGUGAGUCGGCACCAUAGGUUACUGUAGGAUUGCCGGAUUUUAAGGCAAAAGUAUUCUCUACAAAGCAGCCGACUAGUGCCUCAAGUGGAUGCAUGGAUUCGCUUCAGAGAUUUGAGAGAGUAAAAGGAUGCAGGUGUC